CUUUGCUGCCAACCGCCGCGCCGCUCUCUCGACCGCCCGGUUGACAGGCCCCGCUGGAGGAAGAGCUUCUGCACAAGCCGGGAUGGGUGUCCCAACCGCAGCAGCAGUGCUAGAUGUGCUGGGCAUGGCAUUAGGAGGGCUGGGCCUCUUAUUCUUUGUCCUGUGCGCUGGAACAGACUGCUGGAGGGAAGAUGCCAAAGAUCCCCAUUCGUCCGUGGGCCUGAGCUCCCGGUGCCGCGGGCUCUGGAGCGAGUGCGUGUUUGACAACGUGGCCAGGCUCUGGACAUGCGACAUCCCCACCUCCUAUCUCAGCCAGCGCCCCGCUGUCCUGGUGACCACUCGUGCUCUGGUGAUUGUGACCAGCCUCCUGUGCAUUGGGGCGAUGCCCUCCCUCAUUGUGGGCAUGAGGUGCACUCACCUGAUGAGGGGCAACGUCCGUCAGAAAUACAAGUUCACCCUUGCUGCGGGGACCCUCUUCCUUCUCGGAGGCCUGGCGGGCACAGCGGCUGUUCUCUGGUACGCGGUGGACACCGUGCAGAAGUACAGGCUGGAGGUCAGUUUUGGGAUCCCUGGGGUGACCUAUGAACUGGGCUAUUCCUACUGGAUGGCGGUGGCCGGCACCCUCUGCACCUGCGCCGCAGGGAUCCUGCUGCUUGUUGCCAACUGCCCCAGGACCCAGACACCGAGGAGGAAGCCCCCACAUGUCCCGCUGCCCCCUGACUUCCAGAGACGAGGCACUUACUUGUGAGUCCAGCUUCCAGCACUUCCGCCGCCUGGUUCUCGGCCUUUUUAGACUCGAGGCGCCCUCGGAAAACACCAGCUCCUAGUUUUCACUCUUUUUUUGCCUAUAGAAAAACAGUGGAGCAGUGUUUUCGUGGUGCAAAGAAUCAGGAAGAUGCAACUGUGGACUUCUGUUGAAAUCUCUGGGCUUAUCUUGUGAAUCGUGUUUGAAAACCUGACUGUGGGGCACCCUACAGCACCCUGGAAAGGAUCUCAAGGCACCCCAGGGUGCUGCGGCACCCUGGUUAAGAAACACUCCCCCAGAAGCACAGGCCUCUGUAAGACGCUGUGAUGAAAGGGAGGACUAAAUUCUCCAUCGUCUGCAGGCUGGGCAGUCUCUAACCCCACGGCAAAGUGUGCGUGAAACACUGCCUGAUGCGCGCGCCGGGAUUUUACCCCACUUUGCCGCAGGGUAUGUGCACCCAGGGGGCAGGGCUACCAGACUCCCAAGGUAACAUCUACAAAAGCUCCCAAAUUAACUAGAAACUUCAGUCCCAUUUUCCAAACCGCCGAGGGGCUCGUCUGUGUUGCGCUGUGCUGCAAGCACUGCCCAAAGGCACGUCCCGCCCGUGCCUUCCUGCUCUGCACGCGCCCAACCCAUCCUGGCGUCCCCCGAGGCCCCGGGUUUCUCUCGUGGGUUAGAAGAGGAGCGUAGCCCAUGUGUGCACCUCCGAACAGGCACUCGAGACGCCGCGGUCUGGAGAAGCAGAGCUAGCCUGGGCGCAGAGACUGUGCUGGCUGGACUCCAUCUUUUUGCUCGCACAGGUAGGGAGAGAGCAUUUUUCUCCACCUGCGAGAGCUAGAGGAGAUCAGUGUCUCUGCGGCAAACUCGAGGCUGCAAGUGAGAGGAAGAGCGGAGAAAGCCCCGGUCAGACUCUGGUCGCUCCCGCUCCAGCGUCUGCUCUCUGCCGCUGAGACAGGAGCCUGGGCAAGACGGACCUAUAUGGUCUGACCCAGUAAAUGGCAGCUCUUAUGUCAUUGUGAUUAGGCUGUAUACAGGAGAAACUGGAGCACUUUUGAUCAGCAGCAGUAAUGCCCCGUUCCUCUGACUGUAGACGGUGCCAGCUAUUCCUUGGCGUUCCACACGUUUGUGUCUUUUCCAUAGUAAUUUAUUAAAAUGUCUCCUUAUUGCAAUGCAAGCAGCCUCUUACAACAUGAAAGCAGUGAACUGUGCUCUUUAAACAGGGCUGUGGAAAGCCCUUCAGAUGGAGCACUUCUGAACAAAAGCACAUGACUUCUUUAUUCAAAAUUUGGAGAAAAAAUUGACUGUGUCAGCAAUCUGUGAGCAAAGAAAAACUCAGAGUAGGCAAUCUUAUAGCAGGCAUUGUGCCCUUUGGCUACCAUGCAGCAUAUCUACCCAGCAGGCUCAGUACUUUAUUGUCCAUGGUCUGUUAUCGCCUUAUUUAUUUGCAGAAGAUGUAUAGAAACGUGCCACCUGGUUGUGGGCAAGAGGAUGCUUUGCUGGCGAGUACAAAAUCAAUGGAAACAGCCGUACGGGUUCCUUCCUUCUCCGCAAGAAUUGUAAUUGCACUGGAUGGAGGACGGUGUUGUUUAGGGACAGGCGGAGAUGAGCACUUAGAAAGCACGUGGUGUUGGUCUCCCUCAGUUCAGACCCGCAACGAGCAUUUUUGGCUGGGAUUUUCAAAGCAGACUCCCGUGAGUUAAGCGCGAAAUCCUGCUGGAUGCUGACUCCCUUAAACUUGCUUCUUUUUCCUCCUCAAAUCCUGCUGCUGCCACUUUCCCUAAUAAGAGCAGAGUCAGGCUCACACGCUGAUCAAAUCCUGACCAUCAUGAGGAAAGCGAGAAAAGUCAUUGUGCUCAUUAUGGCAUUGACACUGCAGCACCUAUUCAUGUAAGCAGCUCUUUUGGGAAGUCUCUUGCGAGCAAGGACUCCUCGCCUUGGGAAGGGACUGCUGGCCAGGACCUGUGAUAGCUUCGCCUGCCUGGGAUACAUCAUCUUUGUCCAAAUAUUACACAUUUUACUUGGGAAACAAGACUGAGAAGGUCUUGCUGCUCUUUGCUCUUUUGUCAUCUGCCCGUAACCCACUAGACCAUCCCCCAGACUGGGCCCGGACCCAGGGAGCUGCUAUAGUGUGAGCUCCGUGCCUGGUGCUGGGACAGAGUUGUGUUUUCUGUGGAUCCAGCCUCAAGCGAAGCCCCUGGCACAAACCCAGUGGGUCACAACCCCAGAGACUGGACAAAACUCCCAUUUAAAGGGGAGUUGGGAACGUGUGGGAUAGGUCAUGGGUCACAGCAGUGACUUUCCUUCCCUUGCACAUGUGCACGGCCCACUCCGGGCACUCGGCUUACUACUGCUGCCACCCCACGGGGUGCUUUUCUAGGCGAGGGGCAGACCCCUUGGAGCCGUCCAAGCGCCAGCUUUGCAGGUGCCUCAGUGUCGUUUUCGGCACCUCAGUGCAGGCAGGGGUGCUGUCUGCUGCCGCGUGCGCUGUGCGCGCACGGGAGGCUAUGCACGUGCUUGGCUAUACGCGUGCUUCCCCGGUGGACGCGUACUGGUGUCAAAGGCCCAGAAAUGUAGGUGGCCCAGAGCUACAGGUAGCAGAAAGGCUUCCCACGAUUUAGCCCCAGGACCUGAGCGGUUAGGGUAGUGCCUGGGCAACCCGGCUUCGAAGGCUCCUCGUCCAGGGGGUCUUGCAGCUACACCUGCCGGUCUUCCCCGCACGGCGCUCGACUCGCCGUGCUCCUGGGCAGACGCGAGGCAGGCCGCUUCUGGGUGCUCUGUUGGAAGCAGUCGAGAGAGAUGUGGGGCAGAAGCUGGAGCGGGGGAGGCUUGUCCUGGGGCAUCGGGUCUUGCCUGGAGGCUUGUGUCCACGAGGCAGGAGCUUCCCUCUUCGCUCUGCCUCUCCGCGGGGCAGGGCCUCAGCUGCACGAGG